UAGCGCGUCCCGGGGUGGGCGCGGAGCGCAGGGAGCAGGGACUAACGGGAUCCGGCUGACCAUGGAGAGCGCCCUGACGGCUCGCGACCGAGUGGGGGUGCAGGACUUUGUCCUGCUGGAGAACUUCACCAGCGAAGCAGCUUUCAUUGAGAACCUGCGGAAGCGCUUCAAGGAGAACCUCAUCUAUACAUACAUUGGCUCAGUUCUGGUGUCUGUGAAUCCAUACAAAGACCUGGAAAUCUACAGCAAACAGAACAUGGAGCGAUACCGUGGUGUCAGCUUCUAUGAAGUCUCUCCUCACCUCUACGCCAUCGCAGACAACUCGUACCGCUCGCUGCGCACGGAGCGGAGGGAUCAGUGCAUUCUGAUCUCCGGGGAGAGCGGCGCCGGCAAAACGGAGGCCACCAAGAAGAUCCUGCAGUACUACGCCAUGACCUGUCCAGCCAGUCAGCAGGUGGAAACCGUGAAGGACCGACUGUUACAAUCCAAUCCCGUCCUGGAGGCCUUUGGAAAUGCAAAAACCCUUCGGAAUGACAACUCCAGCAGAUUUGGGAAAUACAUGGAUGUGCAGUUUGAUUACAGGGGGGCUCCUGUCGGGGGCCACAUCUUGAACUACCUCCUGGAGAAAUCCCGAGUCGUCCACCAGAAUCAUGGAGAGAGAAACUUCCAUAUUUUCUACCAGCUGCUAGAUGGAGGGGAAGAGGACUUACUGAGAAGGCUGGGCCUCGAGAAGAACCCACAGCAGUAUCACUAUUUAGUAAAGGGUCACUGUGCAAGGGUCAGUUCCAUAAAUGAUAAAAAUGAUUGGAAGGUAGUGCGAAGAGCCCUGUCCAUUAUCAGCUUCAACGACAGCGAGGUGGAGGAUUUGCUGAGCAUUGUGGCGAGUGUGCUGCAUCUGGGCAAUGUUCAGUUUGCUGCUGAUGAACAAGGAAAUGCUCAGGUCACCACGGAGAAUCAGAUCAAAUACCUGGCCAGGCUCCUAGCAGUCGAGGGCUCUGUUCUUCGAGAUGCGCUGAUCCACAAGAAGAUCAUAGCAAAAGGGGAAGAGCUCAUCAGCCCUCUGAACCUGGAGCAGGCAGCCUACGCCAGGGACGCGCUGGCUAAGGCGAUAUACGGCCGCACGUUCUCCUGGCUGGUGAACAAGGUUAACAAGUCUCUUGCUUACAAGGAAGGAGAGUUUCCAGGCUGGAGAAGUACAACAGUCCUAGGACUGCUUGAUAUCUAUGGGUUUGAAGUUUUCCAGCACAACAGCUUUGAGCAGUUUUGUAUUAAUUAUUGUAAUGAAAAAUUGCAGCAGCUCUUCAUCGAGCUGACCUUGAAGUCAGAGCAGGAGGAGUACGAGUCAGAAGGAAUCGCGUGGGAACCAGUUCAGUAUUUCAAUAACAAAAUAAUUUGUGAUUUGGUGGAAGAGAAAUUCAAAGGCAUCAUUUCUAUUCUGGAUGAAGAGUGCCUGAGGCCUGGGGAUGCCACAGAUACAACCUUCUUGGAGAAACUGGAGGAAACUGUGAAGAACCACCCUCAUUUUGUCACGCACAAACUUGCUGACCAAAAAACUCGCAAGUCCCUGGGGCGGGAGGAGUUUCGGCUUCUGCACUAUGCUGGGGAUGUCACCUACAGUGUGGCAGGUUUCCUAGAUAAAAACAAUGACCUUCUCUUUCGGAACCUGAAGGAGACCAUGUGCAACUCCGAGAAUCCCAUCAUAAAUCAGUGUUUUGACAGGACAGAGCUGACAGACAAAAAGAGACCAGAAACGGCAGCAACUCAGUUUAAAAACAGCCUCGCCAAGCUCAUGGAGAUCCUGAUGUCCAAAGAACCUUCCUACAUUCGCUGCAUUAAACCCAACGAUGCCAAACAGGCUGAUCGAUUUGAUGAAGUCAUAAUCCGACACCAAGUGAAAUACUUGGGGCUGAUGGAGAACCUCAGAGUGCGCAGAGCUGGCUUUGCCUAUCGAAGAAAAUAUGAAGUCUUCCUGCAGAGGUACAAGUCUCUGUGUCCAGAAACGUGGCCCACGUGGGACGGGCGGCCCUACGAUGGGGUGGCUGUGCUGGUGAAGCACCUGGGCUACAAACAGGAAGAAUACAAAAUGGGAAGAACAAAGAUUUUUAUCCGAUUUCCCAAGACCUUGUUUGCAACGGAAGAUGCCCUGGAAGUGAGGAAGCAGAGUCUGGCAACAAAAAUGCAGGCCACGUGGAGAGGCUUCUACCGCCGGAAGAAAUUCCUGCACAUGAAACACUCAGCAAUAGCCAUCCAGUCCUGGUGGCGGGGAACCCUCGGGCGCCGAAAAGCAGCCAAGAAGAAGUGGGCAGUAGAGACCAUCAGAAGGUUCAUUAAAGGAUUUAUGUGGCGGGACAGGCCUCGCUGCCCAGAGAAUGAGUACUUCCUUGAUCACAUCAGGUUCUCCUUCCUCAUGAACCUCAAGAGGAAUUUACCAAAAAAUGUUUUGGACAAAUCAUGGCCAACUCCUCCUCCAUCACUCCGUCAGACCUCUGAGCUCCUGCGACAGCUCUUCAUGCAGAACAUGGUCUGGACCUACUGCAAGAGAAUCAGCCCUGAGUGGAAGCAGCAGAUGGAACAAAAAGUAAUUGCCAGUGAGCUUUUUAAGGGUAAAAAAGACAAUUACCCUCAGAGUGUUCCUAGGCUCUUCAUCAACACUCGACUUGGUAAUGAAGAGAUAAAUGCUAAAAUCCUUCAGGCUUUAGAAAAUGAAGCAAUUAAGUAUGCAGUUCCUGUGGUCAAGUACGACCGGAAAGGAUACAAAGCAAGGUCACGGCAGCUGCUCCUCACCCAGAACGCAGCCAUCAUCGUUGAGGACUCCAAAAUCAAGCAGAGGAUCGACUACGCCAACCUGACAGGCAUCUCCGUCAGCAGCCUCAGCGAUAACCUCUUCGUGCUGCAUGUGCACUGUGAGGAUAACAAACAGAAGGGAGAUGUUGUGCUCCAAAGUGACCAUGUGAUCGAGACACUAACCAAAACAGCCAUGCAGGCAGACAAAGUCAACAAUGUCAACAUCAACCAGGGCAGCAUAAAAUUCACAGUUGGGCAAGGCAAAGAAGGCAUCAUUGACUUCGUAUCAGGAUCAGAACUGCUCAUAGCCAAAGCCAAGAACGGCCAUCUAACAGUGGUUGCUCCUCGUUUGAAUUCUCGGUGAUAAAACGUGCCACAGCAAGACCUUCUCCUCUGUCUUCUGACUGUACCCUCUAAACUGGCUGGACAUCAUUCCCAGCACAACUCCCCCUCCUUCCUCGCUUUGCUCAUUUUGUUUAUUGUUACCAAAGACCUGCACUUUCAGAAAAAACACAAAAUACAUUUUGCUUUCUUGUCUUAAUACAAAAAGUUCCAAAAGCAAGGCCUUCUCUUCCUUACCUUAGUGGCAAACGCAUGGGUCCAACGUCUGUGGAACCGUGGCUGAUGAAACAUUCAGCUGGGCUUUGAGGGAGAGGUAGCUCUGACUCUUGUUGCUGAGUUUAAAAAAGCCUGAUGGAAACGACCAAAAUUUUGUGCUUGCCAUCAUCCAAAAAGCACAAUCAGAAGCCAAGUAACUCUGCUGCCUCGUCAGCCAAAUGGUGAAAAUGCCAAACUUUUAUCUUAAUGUUUGACGAUGAAGAAUUCUGCUCUGAGAUGUUUUGAUGCUCUUGUGUUAUGAUAGAUUGAAGCCAUAUUGUGUAAAUGAGUAAAACCCUGUAAAUACUUUAUAGCUGACUAUGAGAGAUGCACUACAAGAAAUGGAGUUGAUGUGGAAACUUUUUAUGUUUUAGAUUUGGAUUUUUUUUUUUGUUAUUAAGGUUAUGAUUAUUAAGGUUAUUAACCUGAGGAAAAAAACCUAUCAUAUAACUGCUUCACUGAUCUGGAUUCAGAGACUUAGCUUUUUUUGAAGGCACCUGUCCCGUAUCUUGCUCUAUAGUGAUAUUUUUAUACUGUAGGAACUUUUUCAUAUCCACACGUCCAGACAAAACAAGUUAAUACCAACUGCAGAGGUUAUCACAGCUUGGAUGCUGCUCUAGGCUGGAAAUGAAACCUGUAGUCCUUGGCCACAGAAUGUGCACAUGAGCUUUCCCUCCCACCUUGUACCUGUCUGGGAGACACCACUGCCCUUUCCCCACAUGGCUCACCAGGCUCAGAGCAGCACCUUCAGGGAAAAAAAAGUGCAUUUCCCCUUGUUUUUAGCCAUAACUGGAAGUUUGAGUUCCCACAGUGAAGCUCCACAAUGUUUAUCUAAAUGCCUCUUAGAACUGCCUUAAAGAGGAAGAGAGUGCCUCCAUCACUGACCAACUGCUGACAGCUCCUUUGCAUGGAAACAUCUUCCUAAGCAAGCUGUGUCACUCCAGUUCUAACCCACAGCUGGAAGUGACACCUGUUCCAAAUGCUAACUGGUCUGUGUCACAGAGGUUCAUAGUAAGCACCUUCCCUUAACAACCCAAACAGCUACAGGGUGGACAGCUCUGUGUCAAACAACUGCUGACUGCAGUCCCAGCUCCAGCUUCCAUUUCCAUGUUCUAGACCUCAAAAAGUGCACUUUGCACUCCACUUGCCUUACAAAUCCUGCGUGUUCCACCUCUAUCCUGAAGCAGUAGCACCACCAGUUGCAGCAAGCCCUAAACAAAAGAUAGCCAACCUCGUUGCCACUCACACAGGACCAGCUCAGUCUCCCUGUUGAUUUCUGACAUGAUGCCUGCAACGCUGUAUACACUGUAGUGCAGCUGCAGCCUGCCACUGCCUCUGCUGCAGUGUAGACGCUAUACAAUGCUGUGUAUGCUCCUCUAUAACCUCAAGACUACGCUCAAUAAAUUUUUA